AUGGAGCAGACUCGGAUCAAACCUGCCUCCACCGUCUAUCCAUGGAUGGACACUGAACAUGUCACUGGGCACUUGAGGAAAUGUUUCAAAUUCGUCUAUGACAAAGUCAAGUUGCUGAACGGCCGGGUGGACGGCAUGGAAGCGCAAAUGACGCAUCUCAAACAGCUUAUCGAAGACGUUAAGAUCAAGUCCGAAGCAGAUAACCAAGGACUGCAAAGCGAUAUUGAUGCUCAGAAGGCGCAGAAUCAGCAGCUGCGAAACGAACUGGAUGCCGAGAGGGAUCGAAACCAGCGACUAGAGACUACGAUCAAGGAUUCACAACAGUCAAUCACCCGGACCGGUCAACAGUUGAAUGAUCUCUCAAACCAGCUUUGUGCCCACAAGACUAUCACUACCGCAAAUUUCCAAAGGACAGAUCGACUCGUGUCAAAAUCCACACAGCAGAUCAAGUCGCUGGAACGGUCUGGCAAUACCUACAUCCAGAGCAUUGUCGAUCUCAGAGAGGACCUAGAAGAUCGCUUCGAGACAGCAGUGGUUCAUACCCAAGAAGGCUUGCGUCACAACCAAACCGCCUAUAUCAAUGGUCUAGGACUCCUCAGAAAUGAGACAGCGGAAAAACUCGCUACUCUGACAGAUCACCUCUCCACCGCUGUCGAUACCGUGCAAGCACAAUCCCACGAGCAUACGGAAUCGUUCGAAAAGACCGCUCUGCUUCUCGACCGUAACUCUCAGCGUAUCGAUGAGCUCGAAAAUGCGAUGGAAGAACCACAGUUUCUGGAAGGCAUGAACCACCGUGUCGAAGAGCUUGAGAAUGCCGUGAAAUCACAUGAUGCGGCACUGCAAGCUUCUCAGGCCAUAACGACCAGACUCGAUUCCCUAGAUUCCCGCCUGCGCGUGUCGGAAGUCGCUAUCCAAUCUGUUCAAACGCCGACAUUGACCCCUCCGACUGCCACAACAGCUACCGCCGCUCUCGACGAUCCUCAGAAUAAGGUCGACGCAGUCUAUUUACAGUUGAAGAAUGAACUUGCCUCAUUAAGUAAUUGCAAAGACCGACUUGUCGCAUUGGAAAAGCACCGCGGUACCCCUGCAUCUCGCAAACUUGACAAUAGGGUCUGCGUAUUGGAAGAGAACUACGGCAAGAUGCGCAAUGACCACACAGACAUGACCGCCAAGUGUGUCACCCACGAGCAAUUCGCUGCAGCAAGGGAUGCCGAUGCUGCCUCCCUCCAGACGACUAUUCAGAACCACCGGGAAGAGGUGAAGCAUAGGAUGGAGUAUAAUGUUGUACUCCUGAAUGGGCUAAGGGGUCAGCACCUACAAAAUAUAGAGACCUCUCUCAAAAAGGUCGUCCAGGAUAACGCAUUUCCCGUGAGUACCUACCACAUCAUCUCCAUGAUGCCGACGCAAGAUAACUGGUCACCAAACACAUCCUCCACUCCUGUGGCGUUUCAACAGGCCAUUCACAUGCAGCACGCACUAUACCUAGCAGGAAAUGCGGUGUCUGAAGGUAGGCAAGGAACCCAGCCAGUCGCCGAUACCAUUGACCUCACCGCACCUGGACAGCCUACAUUCUUUCGACAAGUGCCCGAGAAGCGACAACGGAUUGAUCGACCGGCGCAACAGCAGGGUCAGUAUUCGACGCAGCAGCAAUGGCAGCAACAAGUGCAACAACAGGCGCAACAACAGGCACAACAACAGGCUCAGCAACAGGCACAGCGACCGGCACAACAACAACAUCUAAAUCAACACGCUCCAUCAAUUGCCUUGGGCGCCGUGCAGCAGAGGCAAGAACCAGGAGUGCAUAUGGAAUGGUCAUCAUAA